AUGUUGCUGAUUUCCUUUAGGCCUCGUGAACGGAAGAGGAAGCGGCGUAAGAUUACCAGGGUGGAAGUGAACGAAGGCUGUCCCACAGCGAAUGAGGAACAUAACACCACUCACGCCAUCUCCCCAAAGGUGACUGCCUGGGAUUCGAGAAUGGCGGGGUGGGUUGCUGGGCGGACUGGCAUUGCUACUGGAAAUCGUCCAUCAGUAGCUCCAGACGUGUCCUCUGGACAUGUCGCUGCUACCACCCCCCAGCUUUCCCCACCGACCUCCGCUCUCCGUGAGACGGACAGAGUUCCUCUAUAUACGAGCGCAACACCCAAUUUCUCCCUACCACAGCGACAAGAAUCACGUUCGUAUGAUGAGAGUCCCGGCACCUCCAGCUUCCUCGGACGAUCAGAGUAUCUAAGUGGCGAAGUCCCCAUCAAUGAAGACCAGGCAAAGUCAUACCCCGCAGUUGCAAGUGAGAGCUUGACGGAGGAAGAUAUCCGUAUUUUAGAACUUCAGCAUGCCUUCGACUUGCCCCCACGGGCAGUUAGAGAAGGGUUGAUAGAUGCGUUCAUGAAGCGAUGUGCUCCGUGGAUGCCCAUUGUUGAGCGAAGCUGGCUGGCUGAACGCCAGGGGAACCAGCCGUCAUUGCUGCUCCUCCAAGCAGUCUUCCUUGCAGGCAGCAGAGUAUCGUCUGCUCCGGCAAUUGCUGCGUAUGCGUCGCCAAAUGAGUUCUACCGUCGGGCGAAGGCUUUGUUCUGGUCGGGCUACGAAAAGAAUACAAUCACCGUCAUAACCGCAGUGUUGGUCUUACACUGGUAUAAUCCAGAAGGGCCAGAGCAUAUAUCUAUUAACACCAGUGGCUUUUGGAACCGCAUUGGUGUUGGUCUAGCCUAUCAGAUUGGACUUCAUAAAGAACCACCAGCAGGGCGAGAUGCUGCACUUCGUCGAAGGUUGUGGUGGACUUUAUUUGUAGCAAGAGAUUGCUUGAUUUCAGCAGGCCAUGGACGACCCCGUGCCAUAAACCCUGACGACUCCGAUGUCAGACUACUCUCGCACGAAGACUUCUACGGGUCGACGGCAGAUGGCUCUAUGUUUAUUUCAUACGUAGAAUUGGCUUCCUUACUGGGCGAUCUAACUCAAUGCUGCUGCCGCAAGUAUCUUUCGCGCCAAAAACGCCAGUAUAUCGAGGGAGCGCUCUACCGUUGGACACGAGAGCUGCCGAACCAUCUGCAUCUCUUCCAGCGUACCAGCUCGCACGAUGGCUCCUCUUCGAAGUUGGCGCUGGCGCCGUAUAGCUUCGAGGCCCGCCAGUUACACAUAUUAUACUUUAUAAUUCUUGCCAUUCUAUUUCGGUCUUCUCCACCUGCAAGCACACCCUCUGCGGCAGCCGUUCUCGCGUCAUCCUUCGUUGCAGGAAUUUUCGAAGACUUCCUAGCCCGUGAUGAAAUUCGUUUCCUAGGCCCUAUAUUCACCUUUUAUCUUUUGGCAUCGGGAGUAGGACUUUUAUCGUGCUAUCGAUAUCCUCAUCUAUGGGUCAAGGCUGAGUAUGAUCUCCGUAUAAUUUACAAUUCACAGAGAGAACUCUCUAAAAGAUGGCCUUCUGCAAUUGGCAGUUUAAACGCUCUGUGGGCCAUGAAGGAAGAAGCAAGCAAAGCUCCAAGACACGAGGAUUCACAGCCGCUUGGUAGCCUUACUUCAGAGCAGAUGACAUGUUUCAGCGGCUUUGGUACAGAUUUGUGCCGGCUUGGAGAAGCCAUAUUAAGCCCCCACAUACAGGGCCUCUUAGGCCCACGAAGAGCCGAUGACAAUCAAUGCUCAAGAACUGCUUCUGACAUGAUGACAGCCGGUAUUCUAGCGGAGUUGAAAACGCCAAUAAGUACUCCUGCAGUUUUGGAUGGAUAUUUACCACUUGCAACUGUCUUAGAACACCCAUCCAUACAUAUAGCAUCAGGAGGGGAUACUGCAGACAUCACUGACGAUAUUCUCUGUGCUCAGUACGAAGGAAUUGGCAACUGGCUUCUGAAGGAUUGGGAUUGGAAUAGCGAUAUUGCCUGGUGA